UGGCUUCAUUCGGAGGUUACACGUAUUCGCGAGCCAGUAGCAGUACUAUGCGAACAGUUAAUGGCAGCUUUUGGAGAGAAAAUGUCCAAGUAACAAAUGCGUCGUCAUUUCGAACAGCGUAAUUGGAAGUUUGGCGAAAAGUUUGCAGUUUAUCUGGACGACAAACUAAUGUUAGCCAACAAUAUUAACAUCGAUGAAGAGGAGCUCCUUGAUAAAGUUAUCGAGGGUAUACCUGACAAGGGAUUACGCACUCAAGCACGGAUCCAAUGUUUCGCCAACCCUAAGCAGAUGUUAGCUGCUUUCGCUGAGAUACAUCUAGAGGACAUUCGACGCGCAACUAAAAAUGAAAACGAAACUGGCAGAGCAAACAAGCUCCAAGAGAUGCGCUGUCGUAGAUGUAACAUUAAAGGACACCUGGUGAAGGACUGCAACAGGCCGGACCGUGUACCAGGCUCUUGUUUCAUCUGUGGAUCCAUGGACCAUUGGGCGGCCAAAUGUCCAGAUAGGAAGGGCAGCCGUGAAACUAAUGGACUCAACCGUACGAACCAGAGCAGCAACAAUUUCCGUGCCUCAUAGAUUCGGGGAGUCCAGUUUCCUUAAUCAAGAAGAAACAUUUACCUAAUCAUUCAUAUCUUUAUUCUGUCGAGCAAUCUUAUUAAGGGCUAAAUGGAAGUCCUCUCAUUACAUUUGGAAAAUUACUAUGUUACGUUGUGAAAAAUUCAAUAAAGAUUACUUUUAUUUACUCGUUA